AAUUGUAUUUCAGCUACAGUCAACUGAAUCGUGUAAAAUGCUAGUUUGAUACACUGGUGUGAAUUUGAUGCUCUUCAGCCGCAGUUGGCAGUUCACGCUGACAGAUUUAAGCCACAACCAGGCACCCACGCGCCUCUUUAUCAGUGGGCUGCAGCAGAUCCAACAGCUCCCCCAGACCCCAAGACCCCGCCUCUAUAUAAAGCAAAUCGCCAAGCUCCAAGUUCAUCUAGAAAAAUCGGCACCAAUCAAUUACUAUACCAAAUAAUCAAUUACCUGUCUCAUUCAAUAUGUCUGAAAAGAUCAAGACCCUCGCCGUCAUCACGCUGUUCGUUGACGACCUACCCGCUUCCGUCGCAUGGUACUCUAGAACCUUUGGCUUUCCCCUUCCCACCCUCGAUCCGAAGGAAGAUGGCUACUGCUUCAAGCUCGACAACAUCAUGAUCAAUCUUUUGAUUACAUCAUCUGCCGAAGUGGACUUUGUUGGAAAGGGCGGCGUCACUCCCCGCGACGGAGGCAGACGUGCGCUGUAUUCGCUGUGGUCCGACGACUUUGACGCCGACGCCGAGAAGCUGCUUUCCCGAGGCGUCAAGUUUGUCAACCCGCCCGAAGUGAAGCCAUGGAACAUGAAGGUUGCUACUUUUGAAGAUCCUUCCGGCCAUUUGUGGGAGCUUGCGGCGCCAGUCAAAAAGUAACGCAGGCGCAAGGCUGAGACAGGCUAAAAGGAAAUAUAAGACAGCAAGUUGAACAAGCGGUGACUAAAGAGAGGGCACAGAGUAGUUUAGCAGAGACCCCGAGUA